CUUACCAUUAAAGCACAAGAGAAGCAGAUCGAAAAUGCAAACGCAACGUAUAACCAUAUUAAAGUAUCUGAACCUCAACUCCAAAAGUUAAGCGAAUAUGAAACCCGUAUUGAUCAAUUAACGAAACAGUUACUUCUUUGGGAGGCUGAUACUCGUAAAUUUCAAGAGCAAAAGCGCCAUAUGGAAAUUCUUGUAGCACAGUGGAAUAAAAUGGAAAUGAUGUUGGAAACCAAAGAGAAAGAAAUAAAUCAAUUAAAAACGACCGUGAGUUCGCAAUCACUCAUCAUUGAUGAUCUGAAAAUAAAGUCGGAAUCCUUGUCACAAAAUCAAUCCGGUCAGGGAAUAGCGCUAGAAAGACAGAUAUGGACUUUUGAGCGAGACAAACGGGAUAAGGAAUUAAAAAAAUUAGAGACUGAUUAUGAAAUGCUAAAAAAACAAAAUUGUGAAUUGCAGUCGCGCAUUAUUGAACUUUCGGCUAAAAUUAAAUCAACUGAUCCAUCUAAGUCAUGA